CAACUUUGUUUCCCACAACACUUGUUACAUAAUAUAACUCAAACAUUGGGUGAUUUAUAGAGGGUAAGAGGAGUCCUCAACAAAUUGUAUUUCUUUUCUUCAUUUGUUCUUGUAACAGAGGACUCCUUUCUUUCUUUUUACUUCAUAAUUUCCCUGAAUCUAUAGCGUCUGUGGAAUUAAAGCUCACCACCUAACACUUCAAUGGAGCACAGACUUAUUUUUGUUGCAACUCUGUUAUCUACUAUUUCACUCCUCGAUCUUUCUUCAGCUCGCGAGGAGGGACAGAGAUGUAUCAAGAACAGCGACUGCGACUCGGGAUUGCACUGCGAGACGUGCGUUGCAGACGGCAACGUGGUGCCCAAAUGCACCAGAAUCAAACCCAUCAGCCCCAUUUCUCAGGUUCAAACGCUACCGUUUAACAAGUAUUCAUGGUUGACAACCCACAAUUCGUUUGCAAGGUUAGGUGACAGGUCGGCGACUGGCUCAUUAAUUAUCGCUCCUACUAACCAGCAGGACUCCAUUACUGAGCAGCUUAACAAUGGUGUUAGAGGGUUAAUGCUGGAUAUGUAUGACUUCCAAAAUGGUAUUUGGUUAUGUCACUCGUUCGGCGGCAACUGCUACAAUUACACAUCUUUUCAACCCGCCAUUAAUGUGCUCAAAGAAAUUCAAGCCUUUCUUCAAGCAAACCCAUCAGAGAUUGUGACCAUCAUCAUUGAAGACUAUGUUACAUCACCAAAGGGCUUGACCAAAGUGUUUGAUGCAGCUGGUUUGAGAAAAUUCUGGUUCCCAGUGUCAAGAAUGCCAAAAAAAGGCGGGGAUUGGCCGACGGUUGCUGAUAUGAUCCAGAAAAAUCAGCGUUUGGUGGUUUUCACUUCAAAACGAGCAAAGGAGGCAAGUGAAGGGAUAGCCUAUGAGUGGAACUAUGUGGUCGAAAACCAAUAUGGAAAGGGUGGAAUGGUUGCUGGAUCAUGUCCAAAUCGCGCCGAAUCAUCUUCCAUGAACACAACAUCAAAAUCGUUGGUCUUGGUCAACUAUUUUCGAGAUGCUCCCGAUAUAACCCAAGCUUGCAAGGAUAAUUCAGAUGCAUUGCUUCGCAUGGUGAAUACGUGUUAUGAUGCGUCUUCUAAAAGAUGGCCCAACUUUAUUGCGGUUGAUUUUUACAAGAGGAGUGAUGGUGGGGGAGCUCCUAAAGCUACGGAUGUCGCAAACGGUCAUUUAGUUUGCGGGUGUGGAACCAUUGCUAGCUGCAAGACCAAUGUGAGCUUUGGAGUAUGUCCACAGCCUGAGGCUGAAGUUGUCCCAAGAACUGCACCAUCAACAACAAACUUUGGUUAUUCGAAUACGGGACCAGUUCAGCUGCUGUGGUUGUUUGGGACUCUUCUUGUGACACUUCUAAUGUUGUUUUCGCUGUAGACUUUAUAACCUGAAAGUAUUCUCUUCUAAAUUCAUAACUCAGUGAAAAGAAAAAGGGAAUUCUAGUUUCUAACCAAAAUCAAGUUUGACUGUCAAUGGUAUUUGAAUUAGAGUUUAA